AGAUGGUAAUAGCGUGGCUGACCGAAAGCCACUAUUUCAGGCAAGUCUUCAGAAUACUGUAUUUGAAUCCGCUGGCCAUCGCUGCCAUCAAGAGACUGAUUUAUAAGCUCAAUGUAGAAGUGAUCUUGAACUCGUACGGUGAUAAGGAGAAGGACGAAUGGGAAAGAACAUCUGGGAGUUGGGUGUUGAAGAUACUGUGAAGGCAGGGUUGAACCUGGAAGAGGCUGUAGAAUUCGAUAGGAUUCUGCAGAAUGUAGUGCUCGUGCCCAAAAGAUCGGACCCAAGAGAGGUUUGGCGCGAGCUCAUGGCUCGGAGAGUGCUCAAACCCACACACCCAUAUGGGCUGCAUCAGCUUGUCUAUUAUUCUGUCUAUGCCAAUUGGGAUUCCUCCUCCAAUGGACCUCCUCCCUACUGGUUUCCUUCUCUUGAUCAAUCUAAACUGACAAACUUGGGGAAAAUUAUGGAGUUACAUGGUCCAAAGCUAUUGGGAGCUUCAUACAAAGAUCCUAUAUCAAGUUACAGCCUCUUUCAGAAAUUCUCCUCUCAGCAUCCUGAGAUUUACUGGUCAAUUGUUCUUGAAGAGCUUUCUGUUACUUUUCAUAAAGAACCGAGGUGUAUUUUAGAUAUGGCUGAGAAGUCAAAGGGAAGAUGGCUCCCUGAUUCCAUCCUGAAUAUUGCUGAGUGUUGUUUGCUUCCUUCAAGUCGCCCAUUAAGAGAUGAUAAUAGUUUGGCAAUUGUAUGGAGGGACGAAGGCGGUGAUAAUUCAAACGUGAACCGUAUGACGCUGAAAGAACUUCGGGAGAAAGUAACGUUGGUGGCAAAUGCUCUUGAUGCAAGAUUUUCAAAGGGUGAUGCUAUCGCCAUUGACAUGCCAAUGACAGUUCAUGCAGUUAUCAUAUAUUUAGCCAUUGUUCUAGCAGGAUUUGUUGUUGUGUCAAUUGCUGACAGUUUUUCUGCAAAUGAAGUUGCAGUUCGUUUGCGUAUAUCGAACGCAAAGGGUAUCUUUACUCAGGAUUUCAUAUUGAGAGGAGGCAAAAAGUAUCCUUUGUACAGUCGAGUCAUAGAAGGUGGGUCGUGUAAGGCUAUUGUGAUCCCUGCAACUGGAAACACCCUGGAAGUUGAUUUGCGAGAACAGGAUUUAUCAUGGGAAGAAUUUCUCUCAACUGCAAAGGAGCUUCCAAGAUCAAAUUGUUACUCUGCAGUGUAUCACUCAAUAGAUGCCAUGACUAACAUUCUCUUUUCAUCUGGAACCACAGGAGAUCCAAAAGCAAUCCCGUGGACACAACUUUCACCAAUUCGUGCCGUUGCUGAUGCCUGGGCUCAUAUAGAUAUUCACGUUGGUGACAUUUUGUGUUGGCCCACAAAUUUAGGAUGGGUGGUGGGACCAACUUCACUGUACUCAUGCUUGUUAACUGGUGCAACUCUUGCACUCUAUCAUGGAUCUCCCCUCGGCCGGGGGUUCGGAAAGUUUGUCGAGGAUGCAGGAGUGACCUUGUUGGGAACAGUUCCAAGCUUGGUAAAAACUUGGAAGGAUACACAAUGCAUGGAAGGCUUAGAUUGGACAAAGAUAAGGUAUUUUACUUCCACCGGGGAAACCUCGAAUGUCGAUGAUGACCUCUGGCUUUCUUCAAGAUCGUAUUACAAACCGAUAAUCGAAUGUUGUGGUGGCACAGAACUUGCUUCAUCCUACAUCAUGGGAAGUCCAUUACAACCUCAGGCAUUUGGAGCAUUUAGCACAGCAUCUAUGACCACAGGAUUUGUCAUCCUUGAUGAACAUGGAAUGCCUUAUCCAGAGGAUCAGCCCUGUGUUGGUGAAUUGGGUUUAUUCCCUCUGUAUCUGGGGGCAAGCGAUACAUUGCUAAACGCCGAUCAUGAUGAAGUUUACUUCAAGGGAAUGCCAAUUUACAAUGAAAUGCAACUGAGGAGACAUGGAGACAUCAUUAAAAGAACUGUUGGAGGCUAUUUUGUUGUUCAAGGUAGGGCUGAUGACACCAUGAACCUCGGCGGCAUCAAGACAAGUUCGGUUGAAAUCGAGCGCAUAUGCGACCAUGCCGAGGAAAGCAUAUUGGAGACAGCUGCGGUCGGUGUGUCACCUAUAGAAGGUGGUCCAGAACAACUAGUCAUUCUUGUGGUCUUAAGAAAGGGAUAUAGAAGGUCCCCACAGGAGCUGAAAAUCAAAUUCUCAAAAGCAAUUCAAAGCAAACUUAACCCCUUAUUCAAGGUGGGGUUUGUGAAAAUUGUACCAAACUUUCCACGAACUGCUUCCAACAAGUUACUGAGAAGAGUUCUGAGGAAACAGAUGAAGGAUGAGCUUGCUGUUCGAAGUCAACUUUAGAGGCAAAGUUCAAAGGCUGCAACCACAAUAAUUGCCAACAAGGUUGAAAAGAAAACUGAUUUUUCAAUACUGUGUAAUAAAAUAGAAGUCAUGUAAUUGCUGAACUCUAAAAUAAUAACAAUAAUUGAAGUCUUGUAGACAUUACGAACUCUAGAUUAUGUACGAGGCAAACAAGGAAUGAACUUUUGGAUCCUCUACUCAUAAGAGGAGCCAUAGGAAAGUUUCUAAA